AUGACAAACAUGAAGAUGUGGCCCAAGAGCACAAGGACAUCCAUUGAGCCACCUGAAAUCACUCUUAUGCCAGGAAGACCAAGGAAAAAAAGGUCUAAAGAUAGUGAUGAGUCUAGUAAGAAGAAGUUUGGAAAGGCUACAAGGAAGGGGAGAAAAAUGAAAUGCUCUUUGUGCAGGAAUUUUGGACAUAACAAGAAAAAAUGUCCAAUUGUUAAAAAUGGCUAUACUACUGGAACUGCAAGAACUGCUACAGGUGGAAGUGGUGGUGCAACUACUUCAGCUGCUUCUACAGGCGUAACUGGUGAGGCUACUAGUGGUGCCACUGGUGAAAGUGGUGGUGCAACUACUUCAGCAGCUUCUAGAGGUGCAACUACUGGUGGAAAUGGUGGUGCAACUACUUCAGCAGCUUCUAUAGGUGUAACUACUGGUGGAAGUGGUGGUGCAACUACUAAAAGACCAGCCACUACUUCAGCAGCUUCUGGAGGUGCAACUACUGCUGCAACAAUUACUGGUGGACGUGCUGCAAAUAUUUCUUUAAAUUUUGCAAGUGUUGCUCAAUCAACAAGUCAAUUUAGUACUCAACAGUCAACUACUAGUGCUAGUGGCUCAAAUAAGAGUAGCAAAGUUAAAAGAGGUGGUGCAAAUCCUGAAUAUAAGAGGCCAAGAACAGAGAAGCCAAAAACAGUUGGUUUUGGUGUGCUAUUUGGAGCAAAUGGUAGUGUGAUUGAGAGGUCUGCAACUACUGAUAAAGUGUUACAUUGUGCACCAUUGAAGAGUUCAGUGCCUACCAAUAUCGAUCUUGGUUGCAAACCCAAUGGACUAAGGUGGAAGGGUGGAGCUGCAGUUACUCAAAGGCAGCUACAAGAACAAAGUUACAAGCGAGCCACUCAGUCCACACCAAGCACUCAAGAUACAUAA